AACUGUAUGAUUCAGUUCAACCCCUCUGCUCCUCUGCAUUCGGAGGCCCAUGGCUAUUGUAAGUCUCCGGGGACAAAGGACAAGAUCCACUGUGUGGCCUACAUCAUUGAUGCCUGCAAGGUCUCCAUCAUGCCCACAAAGCUGGAAGAGAAGCUAGAUGCUAUCCGCAGAAAGGUCAACUUACUUGGGGUUCCUCAGCUGGUCCUGCUCACUAAAGUAGACGAAGCCUGCCCAUUGGUGACAGAGGAUGUGAGAAACAUUUAUAAGAGUGGCUACAUUAAGGAAAUGAUGCAGGAGGUCAGUGCUCGGCUUGGUGUGCCACUGUCCUGCGUUGUUCCGGUGAAGAACUACAGUGAGGAGUUGGAGCUAGACCCAAACUGCGACAUCCUGCUGCUCAGCGCCGUCAUACAGAUGCUUCGCUUUGCUGAUAAUUACUUUGAUGAGAUCAGUGACUGAUUCAGCAACAUCGAAGUCAAAGAAUAGGAAGUGUUUGUGCAGAUAUAAUAAGGGUCACUCACAUAUCAAGCCAUUUACCAGCAGGGGUUACUGUGUAGUUCACAGUGCUCUUCCUCCUCUGAGUUUUCCAAGCACUCCUAAAAAUGCUGGGAGAUGUAUUGGCUUUGAUUUUCUACCAGCUGUAAAAUAUACAAACUUGUUCCUGAUUUACACACACAUACGUACACUACAGUCAUUUUAAGCAAGCAAUGUAACCAAUAAAGUAUUUCUGACUGCAUUACUCCUGCUCCUUUAUGCGUGACUUUGCUCCUUCAUGUUUAAACAAAUAAGCUUGGUUAACAAAGAUAGCAUUUACUUAGAAAAGUGCAGUUUAAAAUUUGAUAAAGGAGGUAAAAACUUAGUAAAAAAUAAAGUGACUUCGAUGUUUUUUCAAUGAAAAAGGAAAAACUAAGAUAGUAGUCUUUUGCUAAACAAGAGCAGUUUUGAUGUGAUGAAAUGUCCCUUACAAUGAUCCAUACAUGCAUCAACCCAGGAUUCCCUUCCUCCUCAGACUUUUCCAAGCACCCAGGAAAUGUAGUGCCUCUACAUGUCCUGGGACUGUGCAGCAUCUCCAGUUUCAGAAGCUCAAUGAGCCGUUUUGAUUCUGUAAUACAUUAUUUAGAUGAUCAGAAAAUUAUUACAUUAUAAAGUUCCUAUUUCAUUUCUACAUCAUCUGUCAAAGACUAUUUUAAAUAAUUUUAAAAAGUUGUCUUACAUUGUUGGCUCAUUUAGUGGGAAAUUUCAUCACAAGUUAACAACUUUGACAAGUGAAUACUUUAUCUGAUACUAUUCUUUACUGCAUUAUGACAUUAAGUUUUCUUUUUUCAAGCUUUGUCUGAGGGGAGGUCCACAAUCACAGUUUGAAAACCCCUGAAAUAAACCAUUUGGUUUUAA